CAGGGGCAGCCAUUGUUGCGUCACGGACCUGGCAGUUCUGAGGAGUCCUGCGGUUCAACUUCCGUCGCCGGUGUGGGACAACAAAUUCCUUCAGUCAGGAAUGGCUCCAGUGACCUUUGAGGAUGUGGCUGUGAACUUCAAUGUGGAGGAGUGGGCCUUGCUGGAUCAUUCCCAGAAGCAACUCUACAAAGAAGUGAUGCUGGAAACCUUCAGGAACCUGUCUUUUAUAGGAAUAAAAUGGGAACACCAGAACAUUGAAGAACAGAAGAAAAUUCUGCAAAGAAAUGUCAGAAGUCAAGUGGUGGAGAGAGUCUGUGAAGGUAAAGAAGGAAGUGAGUGUGGAAAAACCUUCAGCCAAAAUCGAGAAUGUACAAUGAAGAAGAAAAUUCCUUCUAGACUAAAACGUCCUGAACCCCAUGUGUGUGGAGAAGUGGGUACUGUUCAUUCAUCCCUUAAGAGACACAGUAGGUCUGAUUCCAAACACCGACUGUGUGACUUUCAGAAAAAUGGGAAUAGCUGCUAUGACUGCCAGAAAUGUGGUAGAACCUUUAGGUGUCCCAGUAGUCUUCAAAGACAUGAAAGCAUUCACACUGGAAAGAAAGUCUAUGAAUGUAAGCAAUGUGGAAAAGCCUUCAGUUCUCGCCACUGGGCUGAGAGACACAUGGUGACUCACAGUGGAGAUCGGCCUUACAAAUGUAAGCUAUGUGGGAAAGGAUUUCCUUAUCCCAAUUCCCUUCGGACUCAUGAAACACUUCACUCUGAAGAGAAACCCUACAAAUGUAAGCAAUGUGGGAAAGCUUUUAGGAAAAAUUUUUCCUUUCUAUUACAUGAAAGAAUCCACACAGGAGAGAGACCCUAUGAAUGUAAGCAAUGUGGGAAAGCUUUCAGGGAUCGUUGUUCCUUUGUGUUACAUGAAAGAAGUCACACUGGAGAGAGACCCUAUGAAUGUAAGCAGUGUGGUAAGGCCUUCGCCCAUUCCAGUCAUCUUCAAGCACAUGAAAGAAUCCACAGUGGAGUAAGACCCUAUGAAUGUAAGCAGUGUGGUAAAUCAUUCACUUCUCACCACAGUGCUCAACGACAUAUGGUGACUCACAGUGGAGACUGGCCUUAUAAAUGUAAGGUGUGUGGAAAGGGAUUUCCUUAUGUCUAUUCCCUUCGAAAUCAUGAAGUCAGUCACACCGAGAAGAAACCCUAUGAAUGUAAACUAUGUGGGAAAACCUUUAAAUACUCUGAAUCCUAUCGAAACCACCAAACAUCGCACACUGGAGAGAAACCUUACAAAUGUACGAUAUGCGGGAAAGCCUUCAGCUGUUCCAGUUAUAUUCGAAAUCAUAUGAGAACCCAUGGAGCGAAGUCCUAUGAAUGUAGUGAGUGUGGGAAAGCAUUCACUUACUCCAAAAGUCUUCGAAGACACAUGAGGACUCACAGGGGCGUGUAAGUGACGUGAGGUUGCUUUCAGGUGUUCCAGUUCCUUGCAUAAAUAUGGAAGGAUCCCAGUGGAGAAUAAGCCAAUGAAUGUGAAAUGUGUGGUAAAAUCUUCAAUCAUUUCAGUCAUAAGUACAUAAAGGGAUUUAUAUUUAUCUGCAACAAUUUUGAGAGACAAUCCAUUGCAGUUCUGUUCAGAAUCUUUAAAGAGUCUUGGCGACAACUCCUGCACAGGCAACGUGGGAGGGCUUGACCACCUAACCUUGGUAACACCUGUGGGAAGGCAUGGUGGAGAGUAAGCCUAUGGCUAAGCAGUGCAGGAGAGCUUUUAGUCCCCCACAUUCAAUUAGAAGCUAUGAAAUCACACACAGCAGAGAAACCUUGUAUGUCAACACUGUGCAAAAUCUUCAGUUGGACCACAGCCUUGCAACAACCUGGAAAUCUGCACACUUAGUCCAAAUCCUUACAUGGGAGAAACACUUGAAGGUUUUCUGGGUUUACAAAUACUUCCACAGUUAUGUGGAGAAAUCCUGUAAAUCUAGGGAACAUGAAAGCCCUGUGCAAAUUCCUCCACCUGUAUGUGUCCCCUAUGUCACAAUUGCAGAGAUGUAGUCAAAGUUAUGCUGUCUUUCUAGUGGCUUAUUUGUCAUAUGGAUCACUGAGUUGUGGAUUGCUAAUUGUCACUCUCACAAAGGUUUAAUGUGAUGAUGCUGAGGUAUUAAGUAAUAGCACAUGAGUUAAGUUUGAAACUGUUUUUCAUUUACUUAUUUUUAGAGGUGACAUUUAGUAUAAUGUCUGUAUUGGUGCAGAAGUUCUAGGCACAGUCAGUGUUUCUGUCUCAGCCUCCUGAGUAGUUGGGUUUAUAGGUGCCCACUGUUAUGCCUGGGGAGUCCAUGAGUUUAAUAGGUUUGCUUUUGUCUGUCUGUCUGUCUGUCUCUCUCUCUCUCUCUCUCUCCUCUCUCCCUCUCCCUCUCUCUUUUUUUCUCUCAAGUCUCCCCAUUCACAAUACAGAGCAGGCAUAGCUGAGGAUAGAAUAAGUUUUUAUGUGUGCUCAGCAAACCACCUGACACAGAACUGCCCUCUCAGCACCUAGGUGUUUUUUUAAUGUGUUCGAAUUGAUACUUUUCAUUACAUAGUCACAGUUUUUAUCAUGAUAGUAAGUCCUUUUCUGAUUGUACCAAAAGCUGACAGCUUCUGGCUGCCAUCCUGUCAGUGUCCACAAGGAUGGCGUGUUGUCAAAGUGCAUGUGAAAGUUGGAGGGCUAAAUCUGCCUAAAAGCUUAAGGAGCUGUGAUGUGCCAGGAAGAGGCUCCCAGCAGAUCUUCUAAGGACUCAUGUGGCUUCAGCUUACUGACUGACCAUCAGGGGAGCAGCUGCUUCUCUAGUGGUGCCGGGAGCAGGUGGAGCAGGUUCUGUCCUUGGUGGUCAUGACAGUUUUUACCUAGAAGUCGGAAAGAAUGGCCUGUAUUUCAAGCUCACCUCUAAGAAGCAUCAGUGAGACCUGCUAAUGAAAAGAAAGGAAGAUUAGUCAUUUUGACCUUGUUGUGUUCUUUACCAUGUUUAGACAUUUUUAGACGUGCCAUCAUCUUCUCCUUGUGAUGAGGUGAGACAGCUGCAGUACUUUGGACCUGUUUUGCUAUUUUUAUUAUCUGAACACUGCAAUAUUUCCCAGAGCGUAUCAGAGACUGUUUUCCAUGAAAUAUGUAAGUUAAAAUAUCUUUAGACCCUUGUUUCAUAAUAAGAUUUAAAAUACUUAAUAAAAAAUCUCUUAUGAUUCAUAUGAGGCCCAUCUUUAAGGUAAA